UUCCAAUAUGGCGGCUUCGUGUCAAAGUUAAAAUGAGAAAGCUGAAGAUAUUUUAAACAGUUUGUUCUUAAUUUUUCGGCGAAAUGAAUAAGUUUUCGGAACGAAAACGAGAUUUAGGAGGAUGGAGUGCAAAAUUUGGAGAAGAAACCAGAAAACGUAGGCAUCCGUGUAAGUACAACGAGGGUCAAAUACAUGAUGUGUUUACGUUCACCUGGACCAUCAUGCAUGAUCAACCUGCUUAUGACACGAUGUGUUUAUUGGUGAAUUUCUUAAACUUUAAAAGAAUAAUAACUGGUUACUCAGGUCUUAAAGUCUAAGGUGAAACUUUUAUGACAUGUUUUUUAACAAACAAAUCGUUAGCACAGUAAGCCAAUACAAACUAACCCAGCUUAAACUUCUUAGACAAAAUGACCCCUUUUUUUUUAAUGAACAUUCUAAAACUUGCACUUGCAUGUAGAGCAGUAAUUCAAAUUUAUCGAUUCUUCUUCUGUUCUUCAGUACCCAACAGGCUUGUAGGUCUUCCUGCUAUUAACUAUGCUGGUCUUCAGUUGCUAUGUAGCACUGAAGGGCUGGGUGAGAGGUAUGUUAAGUUUAUUUAGCUGUAACCUGAGAUCAGGCCCAAUUUUAGCAGUUCUCAUACAUUCUCUUUUACGAAGUCCCGCUCACAUUUCACCUUGCCUACCGGAAUGUUAUUUACAAAGAGAAACAAAAAAAACUGAUCUCAGUUUAAUUUAGCUGACAUGCAACUAGAUAUGUUUUUGAGCAUCAUGAACAAUUUGUAACUGUCAGGAUUCAACCGAAAAGUUGGUUUAUUUGUUAAGUUGUUUGAUUGACCUGAAUGUUUAAUUAUUAUGGAAUUGCUAUACAGGGGUGCAUGUCCCACUCAAUAAGUCAAGGUCAAAAUAUAAAUACAUAAUAGUUCAGGAAGACACAAAACAACUAAAUACAUGGUCACUGAUUUACCUAUCUUUAAUGAUUAAUUAUUAAUUGCAGUUGAGCACUCUUUGUGUUAAUGCCUUUUCCUUCAAAAACAAGAUGAUUGGAAAACAGAAUGCUAGCCAUUUUGGGAAAUUCUGUCCUUUUAUCCAGUGGUCUUUUAAGUUCCAGUGAAAAUAUUAAAUUCCAUCGAAAAUCAAAAGUUCACAUUAUUUUAUGAAAUCAUCAGCCAAUUGUUCUUAUUCGGUGUUGGAAUAAAUGGAUUAAGUAAAACUUUUGUUGUUUGUAAACAGAGACAGACCCUCAACAUCAGAAGCUCAUCGAUUCUUCAUGAAUAACUAUCCAAAGAUGUUUAACAGACCUGCCACCCAUAAUAUACAGUUGUCAUUAGACUCCAGGCAACUAAGGUAUGAAUUUUAUUUUGCAUUAGUUAUUCCUGGUCAGAGCUUACCCUGAGCCUGGUCAGCAGUCAGAGAUGAUGAUGGCUGUGGGAUCUGUUGCUAGCAGUUCCACAGCUUUGUGUUAAUUUUGUUAAAACAUAAUAAGUUCCACUAUACUUUGCCCUUCUCCUUUCCUAAUUUCUUUGUCAACCUUUUGUAAAUGUCGUUUUUGUCUAAUCACCUUGUAUUAAAAUAUACUGUACAACGAAUGUAUUACUUUUAUAGAAUGAAGUAAAAUACAUUCAAAUACGAAUACAUGUAUCACAAAGAAGACUUCAAGUUUGUCCUUCUUUUAUUUGAAGUCUUUCUAGAUUCCAUAUUAAUUUAAUUUGUAUCUCUGGGACAACAUCAGAAGACCUUUUCAUACUAUUUUAGUAACUAUCACUUGAAUCUCUCUUUGGUUUUCCAGGCACAAAUUACACUAAUUUGUUACUUUGAAACGAUUGUAAUUUAUAAAGAGCAUAAAAAGUAAUUUAUUGUUUUGUUACACCAGACGGCUUCAUAGUUUUUUUUUCCUUUUACAGAAAGUUAAAUUUUGGAGAUGGACAGAUGUUGAAAGCACAAGAAACUAAAAUACCACAUGGUAGGAUGCAUUAAAAGUUCUGUAAUUCCCUAAAAAUUGUCUUAUUAUUUUAGUCCUCAAAAUAUUAAAAAAAAUUAUUUUUAUGAAUUCUUUUGGCACCUGCAGACAAAGGAUUAUAUCCCCACUGGUGUGAAGGGUUUAACCCGCCCAUCAGCCAUAACAUCUCAGAUCACCUGUCAAAGCUUCACAGACACUCAGUUAUCACUACAUCUUUUGCUGGAUUACAGAACAUGAGAAUAAAGGCCAUCAAAAAAGUUCUUAAAAAACAGUAAGUUUAUUCAAUACGUACUCUCGGUAUAAGUGAUGUUUUUUUCAGUCAGUGAAUGUUUAUUUUGACAGUAAACCUACUAUUUUAACCCUUUAAGCCCCAGUAUCCACAUACAAAUUCUCCAAACUGAUCUCUAUACAUUUCCUUAAAGAAUGAGUUGACAGAAUUUGAUAAAAGAUCAAAGUAUUUACUCUUAGAUGAUCAUUUAAUUAAUUCUCAUAACCUCAUCUCAUGAUAAUGUAUAGAUAUCAUUAGGAGAAAAUUGCUGUUGGUCACUGUUGGGACUUAAAGAGUUAACUGUUUGACCUUUCAUGUUUGACAGGCCUUUUGAAAGGAAAGCAAAAGAUAAUGAGAUUCUAUUUAAGCACUUACAAUAUUUUCCUGAAGUUGCUGAUCAAGUUCCAAGCCAUGUGCUGAAAGAACUCUGUUCUGUAGCACAGCUUGACAGAUGUCCAGAGGACGACUACACAGGUUAGACCAUUUUUUCAAGACUUGUCGGUUGAUUUAGCUUCUUUUAACAAGACCUAGAAUACACUGGUGGGUGUUGUGUGGUAACAGCUUACUUUGCAUUGAUCACCUUACUCCAUCUGCCAUCUUCUUUGGCUUUCUGAGGGGGGCGUAAGGGGGGCAAGAGCACCACAAAACUGCACAGAAAUACGUAUAAACACCGCACAGAAUAACAUAAGAAAACUGCAUUGAAAUUACCCGAAAAUUUCUAAUAUAAAUAUCGCAAACUGCUUCAGGUUCUGUAAAAUCUCAAUAUGGCAACUUUAAAAAAAAUUUCUGCAAAACUGACCAAAAAUCGAACAAAAUCACAUCACCACAAACCCUUACACCCCACUCCUUUCUUAGCAACAUACACAUGCAGACUUCACAAGCUAUGAGAAAAAUAUAAUUGAAUCUGAAAUAUAGUUUUCAUUUUUCACAGCAUCUAACAAAAAGAUUUAUUUUUAAUUUGUGGCUUGAUACUGGUUUAAGAAACUUUAGGACUGAUGUUAAAGGGUUUUCUCCCUCCACAAAUUUUAACAUCUCUUAUAUUAAUGUUAUUUAUUUAUAUAUUAAUUUUUUGUUACAGAGAUGUAGUCUUCCAAAACACUUGAGUAGUAGGAGCCAAAUACCAGAAUUUUUUUCAUUUUUUUUUCAGUGUUUGGUAAUACAGGCCUCCAUCUUAUCUUAAGAGGAAGUGUUCUACCACAAACUUCACCAGCCUACUCACGAAUAAGUGAAACAACAGCUGAGUUUCCUUCUCCAACACCAAUAUUUGACGAAGAUGAGCUAAAAGUGAAAGAAAAGGUGGGAAUUUUGUGAAAAUAAAAUAUAUGUACAUAUAUUUUUCAAAGUACUUAAAUCUGGACUGUUCACAGUCCCCUAUUUUUCCAUAAGAUCAUAGAGAUUGAAUGCUUACCAUUACGGACAGCCAAUGUGCCGAGAGGGUGGGUGGUGGGGUCUAUAGUGGUAGGGGGAGGGAGGUGAGAAAAAUAAAAUCUGAAAAAACGACUUGUCUUGCCUCUUCCCAAACCAUCCCCCGUGCCCCCACCCCCCCAGUAAGAAGAAUUAAUACUCAUCCCCAGGCAGGAAUCAUUUGAAACCAGUAUGGCUGCCCAUCAAGGUAGGCGCACGAUCUCAACCUUGAAUUUGUGGCGGAGUGGCUAGGAGAGCUCUGUAUGUGGAUUCAAUGCACCGAUGUUUAUUCUCCCUUCGUUACUAAGCACUGUCGUGUUUAGUUAAAAAAAGAUAGCUCUAGUAUCUGCCCAGACAUGAACAUGGGGAAAUUCUUUUAUUUUAGUCAGACACUGUCUGGUGACCUGUUGUAAUUACAACUGUAUAAACCAUUCCAUGUAAAUUCAUUUUGUUUUUUUAGCUAACAGUUGGCCAAUGUUUUGGAACACUAAGCAAAGUUGAAGGGAGAGAACCAAACUCAAGGUAUUUGCUUUGCUUGUCUUAUUAGUGCAUCUACUUUCCUAUUAACUGCUACCGCCUGAUAUACCCCCUCCUAGCUAGCUUCCAAAUGUAUUCUCACUGAAAACACAUGUGCUGCUUUUUUAUGAGCGUGAGAGAAAAUUGUCCAAUAUUUUUUUUAUAGGCUACUUUCUGUUAUUUCCUUGGAACCGUGUGAGUUUCUGAAGAUUUCUACUAGUGAUUAUGCACGAGUUAUCCAGGUAACUUUGAAUAUUAUUUUAAAACACUCAAUAAUGGCUUGCUGAUUAUCUUAAAGAGUUCUCUUCUUGUAACCUAUUGUUGAUUCCUUUCUUGCUCGAACAGGCCAUUUUCACGAUGACGACAUUUUACUACAACUACUAGAAUUCAUUUCGUUUUUGCUUUCUUAUUUAAAUUUUUCAAUCCCUCAGAGGUUUAAAGAACAAUAGCCUUAAUUUACACAAAAAACAACAAACUGAAGCAUUCUGGUAGUUGUAGUAAAAUUCCGUCAUCGCGCAAUUGUCCUAUUCUUGCGGAUUCUUGAGCACAUGUUUGUGACGUCAUCGUACGCUGUCAAGCAACCUCGUUCCUAGGAUAGUUGCUUCUAAAACUUCGUCAUCAUCCAGAAAGCAAUUAUGACGUAUUCUUAGAGAAAAGGACUAUGAGAAGGGACCAAUAACAAAAGCAACAACAAAAUUCCUGAAGCACACUAAACACCGCUUUAUAUUCCAUUACAGAUCAUUCAAGCACGUGAGGAAGAACAGAAACUGUCCUUAGCCAAGAUGUGCAAGCUUUUCCACAGCUGGCCUUUGCUCUCGCUCAAGAAAAUAGCUGGACUCAUUAAAUGGAGAAAGUUUCCACCUGGCCAAGGUAUAGAUGUUCAAGACUAGGUAGUAAGGGGAAGUGACCCACGGAAAGAGGAUUAUUGCCUGUCUUAUUGAUUUGUUAGGUUAGCCUGUGAGAAAGCAAGCUCUCCAUGACUAAGCGACUUGAUACUGGGGGAGUAAAAAGAAGCCCCCAGCUUACCCCCCCCCCCCCCCCCCCCCCCAUCCUCAAGAAGAAAGUUUUUUUUAAAGGUUACCUGGGCACCCCUAAGGACCCGAAUUGGCAUAAAAAAAUAUUCAGACAAAAUUAAUAGGAAAAUUAGGGUUGGAAGUUAGAAAUGACAUAUGGGAAGAGUACUAAAAUUUUUAUAAAAUAAAAACUAUUGCAACAAAAACUAAAAAGAAGCCCCCAGCUUACCCCCCCCCCCCCGGCACUUCUGAUCUAUAAGUAGAAAGUUUUUUUGCAGAGUUAGCUGGUCACCACUAGGGACACGACUUGGAAUAAAGAACUCUUCAGAGCAAAUUAAGAGAAAAUUUUGGGUAUAUAGUGCAGAAUUCCUAGGCGGAAAGUUAAUUACAUUUUAUUAAAUUAAAUCCAUUGGCGAACACGACGACUCUACAAGGUUUUAAUCUGAUUCAUAAUCUGAUAUUUGUUCUUCCUCAGUCCUUGUGAAAGAAGGCGAAAGAUGUGAAGUGAUUGGUUUUAUAAAGAAAGGAGAAUGUCUCUUACGGCGACAUAUCAACGUCGCGCACACUUUUCCAAAUGGCAAAAAGGUUAGUUUCCCCCCCCCUUUCUGCCGUUCAUCUUUUCAAUAAAAGGGGUCGGAAGAUGUAAAAAUUGACGUAUUCUGAAUCUGUGAUGUCUCUACCGUUGAUAUCAAAGAAAUCAUGAACCCUGAUGAUAAACCAGUGUUAAGAAAUCAUUUUAAGGUAGCUUGAAUUGUCCAGAAUAUCAAAUUAAAUUGCAAAACGUGACAAGAUGGAAAGAAGUAGAAGAUGUUUGCAAGCAGACAAGCCAGGUAUUAGAUUUAGUAACCGGCCAACAUGACUGUCCUCUGAAAAGUGCAACGCCCAUGACCACGUGUUCCCUACUGUGAAAAGUGCCACGCCCAUGACCACGUGUAUCCCUACUGCCCUCCCUUUUCAAGUAAUGAAUUUUUUUUUAUAAUCUGUAGGAACAACGUACCAAGUCUGUGCUUAUUGGUAGACUGUGCACAGGAGACUCGUUUGGUGAGAGCACAGUGCUGAAGGGUCUACCUAUGUCAUGCUCUGUGGUCACGGAUACUCAUGUGCAGAUAGGCACCAUCUCCACAUUUGACGUUUAUGGUAAGAUUUCACGUCAUUAUGCUUUCCAGACCGGCGUAUUUUCAGGGCUAUUGUUUAUUGAAAUGUUAACUGUGAUUUGGGUUUCUGUCCGAAUAUCUACCUGAUAGCAAAUUACAAACAAAAACCAUAGUUCACUUGCCUCGUCGUUAAGCUUGAUGUUUGAUUUUGUUCAGACUUAGAUGAGGUAACAAGAUCGCUUCUGACGCAGUCCUACUCUGUGAUGGAUGCUAAUUUAACGGAGGUAGAUGACUGAUAUAUGUAACGAUACAUGUUUUGUUUUCUUCCUGCUUCUUCUUCUUAUGGUCACCUUUUUUCGUGGUGCGAGACUCAAAAAACAAUAAAUCGUCUAAUUUCAAGGAUUUACUUUCGUCUGUCUCGACUCCAGUCGGAAUAUCAGACUAUCAGUUGCUCUACCCUGGGUGGGUAGGGCCUCCUUUGCCGGGAUGUUGAAACAUUACAAUUCCGAUAUUAGCUGCUUGUCAUUUCCAGGAUUUUUUUAGGGGAUAAAACACACGCUUAGAAAACAAGCCCAUAGAUGACCUAGCAAAGGGUUUUUUUAGUCUCCGGGAGUUAUUGCAGCGUUAAGAAUACUUAUUUCGUUUCAGACAUUUAAGUUAUCGUCCAUCGUUUUUUUUCGCAGGAUGAGAUACAGAAAGAAUACAUCGAACAAGAGAAAGAGAAGGAGUGGAUCAGAUUUAAGGUGGGGCCUGAUAUCCUAAUGCAGAUUUGAUAGCCUGUUUAGCGGGCGCCGUUUUUUUAGGGCAGAGGGAGAAAUUUCGAGGACGGACACGCGCUCACGUGGAAAGCCGGAUAAGGAGAGUUGUUAUAGAGCGCGCUCUAUAGCAACCAACCAAAAAUCGGACCGGCGCCUGCCACGCAGGCUACAGAUUUGAAUAGUAUAACUUCGCGGUCUAGAAACUUCACACCGCAGCUCUCUCCAAACGUUUGGAUUUUCCAGUUCGAGGCUUUUUUUAUGGUGGCGCCUUGACCCCUAUGGUGGAAAGUUUCGUGCUGACACAUAUCUUGUACAAACCGAUCCUUUGGCCCCAAGACACCGUGGAUUCCAUUGGUCUCAAUCUGAAGAAAACCUAGAAAAAUUUCUUUUUUACUAUUUGUCGAAUAGAAACAGUUAAAUGCGUACUUUUCGUUUCAGAACAAAGUCGUCAGCAACGUGUUAUAUCACAGAGGUAUUCUUCCCGGAUACAGCAAAUGGAGUAGAAAUCCCUCCCCUUUGGAAGCUCCAUAUAAGUGACACGCGAUCGCACCAGCAAAUUGUGAAGACGGUUGACUAGCCUAAGGCCUACAUCAAACGUUGAAUUUCACACGCGUCUAACCUAAUGCUAAUGAGCAAAAUCCAUUGUUCUCGCUUAUAAGCCUUAGGUCCUGAUCAUGUGAAAUUUUUGCAACGUUUGACUCAGUACGGUGUUUGCCGAGCCGGGCCGUAGAUGCGUUGUAGCAUCUCCAAUGUAUCGGCUGCUAAAGCAUUCCAAAAUGUGUUUUACCUUCAUCGCAAAACGUACUGGUCACGCGAUCUUUCUACACAGUCAUUUAAAAAAGACACCUUGAAAAUGAGAUGUCAGUUGUUGUACCAAACUGCAU